AAAAAAGAAAGCAAGGAGACAUCCAUCACCAUUCUCAGAUAUGGAGAGUGGAAGUGAUGACAGUAUCGUACUAUCAUCACAGAUGAAACUGGCAGAGAAAGAGGCUGACAGGUUGAAGGCUGAUCUCCGAAUAGAGCGCCACAAGUGUACUGACCUCAUGGAACGUGUGAGGUUUCUGGAAUCGGGGCUUGAUUCAAAGCUAACUGAAAUGCGAACCAUGCUUGAUACAAUAAGGUCAUUGCUUGCCCCAGGCACCGGUCAGGGAAAUGGGUCAUUGGGGGAGGCCAAGGGAAGUUACAGUGGUUCUCACUUAGAGAGGCGACCAAGAUGAGGAUGUUCUGCUUUCAGACAGCAUGCAUGAGGAAUCUAUCUUCAGUGAGCUCUGCGCUGUCGAAGCUGUUUCCAGUGGGUCCUGCAUGCGACAACCACAGCAUGAAAAUCUGGUGCACUCAGGGAGGUCUGCCAUGGGAGAUCGAGAUCAGCCAAGGGAUUUCUGCCAUGCUAGUCAAACUGUGACUGCUGCCAUAGCCGCUGAGCCUCCUGGUAAGGGCGCAUUUGACAACAGGUUGACCAAUGCAAAACCCUUGUCCAAGCUUGAUGACGGCAGGUUUCAUGUCCGGAAUGGUUUUGUCCUCACGGAAGAACAAGCUUAUAAAAUAUUCAGAAACAAGAGGCCAACGCUUGUGAUGAAGGAUAUGGCAAAGGCCAUAUCGGGUGACACCGUCCUUGCAGUGCGAACCUACAGUGGGAAGACUGCGCCAAAAGACCGUCGGGAUCCAGAGGCACCUAUCAGGAAGGAGCUGACGCCAAUGAAAGUCGGACUUGUCAUUGAUGCAGUCAUACACUGGGGAAGAGAAAAUAAGGUUGACGUCUCUACGUGCAUCGAGAAGAGAGGAAUCAUACUGUCAGAAAAAAUACAAGAUGCGCGGAAGAGUGCGAGGCGUCACCUCUCAGUUUAGUCAU